GGCGACAUCUCAAAUCAGUAACGAGAGCUGACUAGCAAGAGGGACCCUCUUUGUGAGCUUUCGUCGAUUGUUUAUACGUUAACGUUAGCUACCUGUGUGCUGCCCGGAUUUGAAAAGUCGAUAAAAAUCCUUCUAAUCUUGUUUUCAACAUGGGAUGUGACGGCGGCACCAUACCCAAAAGGCAUGAAUUGGUUAAAGGACCAAAGAAGGUGGAGAAGGUGGACAAAAAUGCUGAGCUCGCCGCCAAGUGGAAAUACUGCGCCCUGAGCCAGGAGAAGUUGAGGCGUCCUAUUGUGGCUUGUGAACUUGGGAGGCUGUACAAUAAAGAUGCUGUCAUCGAGUAUCUGUUGGACAAAUCAGCAGAAAGACCAAAUGUAGAGAUCGCGGCUCACAUCCGUGGCAUCAAGGAUGUGAAAGAGUUGAACCUGACAGAGAACCCAGCGUGGGAAGGAGAGAGGAGGAACGCUAAGGGUGACUGCUAUGAGGACAUGCACUGCGCCAUGUUCAUCUGCCCUGUAGUGGGGCUGGAGAUGAAUGGCAAACACAAGUUUUGCUAUCUCCAGACCUGCGGCUGUGUGUUCUCAGAACGAGCUCUCAGGGAAGUCAAGACGGAGAUCUGUCAUAAGUGUGGAGAUCCAUUCCGUGCUGAAGACAUUGUGGUGCUGAACGGAAGCAAAGAGGAACAGGGGCAGUUACAGAAGACAAUGGAAGAGAGGAGGGCCAAAGCUAAAGCAGGAAAGAAGUCCAAGAAAAACAAGGGUGUUGAGACUGUUUCCAAACCUGUGGAGUCAAAAGCGUCUUCUGAGUCUGCAUCCGCACCAGUGAACGGGGAGAGUAGCAGCGGCAGCAGCAGUGACUCAGCUCCAGGACCUUCUGGCUCCUCUAAAACAGUAAAACCUGCUGCUCCAGUGGGGAGUAAAAGAUCCAUCCAGGAUAUGGAGGGGAAAUCAGAGGCCUACAAAUCAAUCUUCACUACUCACAGCUCCGCCAAGCGCACCAAAGACCAAAUUUCCAACUGGGUCACCCACACUCCUUACCACUUUUGAGAGCAGUUUUCUUGUUUCUGUGUCGGUAGCACCCUCUAGUGGUGAUGGAGGGUUGUUGAAUCCUUCCCCUUCUCAUUGUGACAUAGUUUGUGUCCACUGUUGCUUGCAAUGUAUUUUAAAUUUUUACCUUUAAGAAACAUUUUUACAAUUUCUUUUUGUUUUGAGGUAGAAAUAUAAGAUCUUCCCCUCAGAAAAAGGGGAUGAUCGUUUUUCCUGCAUGUUUUUUUUUUUCUUUUUAGACAAAAUAUAGGGCUUGUUUGAGCUGACAGCAAAUUUCAAAAUGUGUGAAAUUUCUGUUUUCUUUAUUAUGAUUAAUUGAUUUCAGUCUUUAUUAUGCAUCACUCUAAUGCUAUACACCAGUUACCAGUUUAUGACCAAACAUUUAGGUACACCUAGUAUAUAAGUGCAGGUUUGUAGGUGUACAAUUAUGCUGCUACACCUUACACCCAGGCUACAUUCACAUUACAAGCCUUAUUGCUCAAAUCUGAUUUUUUGCUCAAAUCCAAUCUCUCUAGCACGAUGGUUCAGACUCGUUUAGGUAAGUGAUUCAAAUCUGCCAUUAAUGUGAGCAAACCGGGGUCCUGAAAUGACCCGCAUGCACACAUCCUACUCAGUAACGUCACGUGAAUGAAUCAUGUGCAUCGUCAGCAAACAAACUAACGAGCAGAGCGAGCUUCACUGAGAAGAUAAUUAACUCUGAACAGCUCUCAGCUACAUUAUUAGAGAGAAGAAGGCGAGAAAGGUGAGAUGUGUUACUUUUCCACCAUUUACAGGCUUUAUCUUCUGUUCGGCGCUGCUGCCGUGGCAACGCUGAAUGAUGGCGCACGCGCAGUGGGGAAAAAAGGACAUAAAUUCCAGUCUGAGCGUCACAUUAAGGUCGCAUGGCCACGAAACGAUCCGAUCUAGGACCACAUAUGAAUAUGGCUCAGGUCGAAUUUGAAAAGAUCAGAUUUGCGUGUCAGAUCUGAGUCGCAUUUGGGCAAAAAAUCGGAUUUGUGACACUUCAACAAAAAUUUGUGUCGAUUUUUCACAUAUCUCAGAGCUCAUUUAUUUAUUUAUAUAAUAUUGCAACAUUUCAACCUCGAUGGUCUUCAUAAGGCAAACACCCUUGUGAAAAACACAGUAGGGGCCAGUAUUGAUUGCAUAAAAUUACCUGCCCGCCAACAUGAUUACAAACAUGCACAAGAACAUAUAUCAUCCACACAAUAGUUCUUAAAAAGUCAUAGUUUAAAAGAAAAAGACAUACCAUAAUAGUAAUCUCAAAUAAAAAAUGAUUUUUAUCACAAGUAUAAAUUAAUUUGCUGCUUUAAUUUGGCCCACAGGAUGAUCCUUCUGAAUGAGAGGUUCGUCAAAGAAAAGGCCUGAUAUCUGAUUCUUCAUUAAGCCCAUACAUAGUAUUCAAAGUAUUCUCAAAAUCACUGCCCCUGGGAGAUUUACUCACUUGCUUGAUACCAAAAUAUCUUCGUGAACUAACAAGAGGGACUGCAGUCAGUAAUUAUAAACCUACAAAGUGUGCCUGUGUGAUAGGUGUACCUGACGAAAUGGCUGGUGACUGUAGCUACAUGGUAAACUGGCAACUUGGUUUGUACUAACAUACUUCUUUAGGAUGCGAGUGGAUAAAUGUGUCCUAUGUAUUGAUGACUGUGUGACGGUAUAUUCCAUUACUUGUUUGAAGAUGUCAGUGUGCUUCUUAUUCAGUAAACAAUGUACACCCUUACAUGCGAAAUGCGAUUUGUAAAUAAAACCUCAUACCUA